AUGCUGCGGACACAGCUUCGCCUCUCGUCGGCGACCUGCCGUCUUCCCCUCACUCCCUCACUCACUCGCAUCUCGUCCCGCCAUGCCGCCACCGCCGUCCGCCCUCCUCCGCCAGCCGAAUACGUCUACGACGGCGGCCGACCACAACUCUACUCGCUCCCGACUCUCCCGCCUAUGCCGCCCCCUCUUCCCGUCGACGUCGAGCCAACAGCAACUCGACGAGACACCCGGUACGGAGUCGCUGUCGAACCAGGCGUGACUCUCGCACAUCACGCACCAGCAGCGCAGGAGCAACUCGCCAUCUUGGGCGUCUGCUUGUCGACGGGCAACCUGAAGCGGGCGGAGGAAAUCGCAAAGCGGAUUGUCGUGGCGUGGAAACGAGCGGGCGAGGCGGGACAGCUGUCGAACGUCUUGACGCCGAAGAUUCACGCCGACUUCAUCAAGGCGUACCUCGGUAGGGCGAUGCAGCCUGGCGUUACGCCGGCGGAGGCAAAGGACGCUGUCCACCGGACCUGGACCUACUUCGACCACCUCUUCGAGCCGCAGUGGAACGUCGUCGACCCGAUUACUCAGCGGAAGCACGGAGUCUCGGGCGCAGUCGACGCGACGGUCAUGGCGACGAUGCUCAAGGGUUUCACCGCUCUCGGUCCGGCCUUCUACAAUCCCUCUCCCGAAUCCGACCCCGAGCGCAUCCUCCGACCUAUCACCGCCAUCCUUCCCCUCAUGCCCCAAGCCGGCGUCGAACUCGACGAGGUUCUCCGCGACCCCAUCUUUGCGCUCGAUGCGCCGAUCUACUUCGGCAGCGUCUCGCGAUCAGCCGCGCUGAAUGCGCUUGUCGAGACGGGCGAGGGACGAGCAGGGUGGAGCAGGUUCAAGGACCUCGUCGCGCACUCUGCUGCCGAGGUCAAGCGGUUCGAGGAGGGCCGCGAUGCAGAGGUCCCUGCCGAGAAGGAGAACGUUGCCGAGGUUACGCCGGUCCAGGGCGACAAGGGAGAGAAUGUGUCCCUCGGCAUGCUCAAGCACAACCUCCGCGGCUUGGCUGUCAACACCGGUCGCGACGGUCUCCCUCUCUCGACUCGCCAACGACUGCUCGAGGAGUCGUCGUACGACGCGGCACGCCAGCUCUACAUCCACUCGCGCGAACAGCUCGCCCAGAUCGGCAAGGACGAGGGCAGCCUUCAGUCGAACUGGAUUCAGCAGAUCAUGUUCGACUGGCACAAGAAGCUCGUCAAGACGCUCGAGGAUAUCGCUGCCGGCAAGCGCAAGGACAUCGACUCGGGCUUCCGCGACCAGGAACUUGAGCCGUUCCUCCACCUCCUCCCGAUCGACAAGCUCGCUCUCAUUACGAUCGUCGAGGUCAUGCGCAUGUGCGGCAGCGGCAACUUUGCGGCGGACGGCAUGAAGACGACCCGCGUCGUCCUCAACGUCGGACGGGCUGUCGAGAACGAGCACCACGCCGAGUCACUCCGUGGCUCGCUGUCCACCAAGAAGCUCCAGGAGGAGCUCGCAAAGAUCGAGUCGCGCGGCACUGUCAACCCAGACGGUACCGUCACGCCUCGCAGGCAGACCGAGUCGCUUGGGAUCCUCUGGCGACGCGAGCUCGCCAAGCGCGAGGAGGACGGCGACUCGACGUGGCACCCGAAUUGGACGCAGACCAUCCGCGCUCGUGUCGGCAGCGUCCUCGUCUCGGCAUUGAUGGAGAUCGCCGAGGUUGAGCGGACGAUCAAGCACCCCAAGACGGGCGAGCAGGUCACGGAGAAGCAGCCGGCUUUUUCGCACGCGUACCAGUACAUGCGCGGCACCAAGCUCGGCAUCAUCAAGCUCAACCCGGCCGUCAGCGAGCGCCUCGACAAGGACCCGCUCGACAUCACCCUUCACCCCCGCUUCCUCCCGAUGCUCGUCAAGCCCAAGCCCUGGCUUACGUGGAACAGCGGCGCCUACCUCAUCCACCAGACGCCCAUGAUGCGCACGAAGGAGUCCGAGGAGCAGGUGCAGUACCUCCAGCAGGCGUCGGACAAUCACACCCUCGACAUCAUCUUCAGCGGUCUCGACACGCUCGGCGCCGUUCCCUGGAAGAUCAACCGCAAGGUCUUCGACAUCGUCGUGAAGGUGUGGAACUCGGGCGACGCCUUCGCCGACAUUCCCGCCGCCGCCCAAAAGCUCGAGAUCCCCACGCUCGAGAUCCCGAAGGGCGUCAUGAGCGACCCUCGCGCCCGCGACAACUACCGCCGUCGCGUCAGGGAACUCAUGCAGCAGAAGCGUGCGGCGCACUCCAUGCGAUGCGACCUCAACUACAAGCUCGAGAUCGCCCGCGCCUUCCUCGGCGAGACCUUCUACUUCCCGCACAACCUCGACUUCCGCGGUCGCGCCUACCCCAUCCCUCCCAACCUUUCGCACAUCGGCGACGACAUGUCGCGAGGCUUGCUUCUCUUCGCCGAGAGCAAGCCGCUCGGCGAGCGCGGUCUCCGUUGGCUCAAGAUUCACGUCUCGAACUUGAUGGGUUUCGACAAGGCCAGCUUCGACGAGCGCGAGGCCUUCACGAUGGAGCACCUCGAGGACGUCUUCGACUCGGCCGACAACCCUCUCGAGGGACGGAAGUGGUGGACCAAGGCCGACGACCCUUGGCAGUGCCUGGCGACCUGCAUCGAGGUCACGAACGCGCUCCGCUCCGAGGACCCGACGAAGUACGAGUGCGGCCUGCCCGUCCACCAGGACGGCACCUGCAACGGCUUGCAGCACUACGCCGCCCUCGGUGGCGACAUCAACGGUGCUCGGCAAGUCAACCUCGACAUCGGUGACCGCCCUGCCGACGUCUACUCGGGAGUCGCCCAGAUGGUCCAGGAGAUUAUCACGCGUGACAUGGAGGCCGGCAUCGAGGAGGCCAAGCUGCUCGACGGCAAGAUCACCCGCAAGGUUGUCAAGCAGACUGUCAUGACGACUGUCUAUGGCGUCACCUUCAUCGGCGCGAAGAACCAGAUCGAGCGCCAGCUCAAGGACCGCGGCGACGUGCCUCCCGAGCGGCUCUACAGGUGCUCCAUCUAUCUCGGCCGCCUCGUCCUCGACUCGAUCGGCGACUUGUUCAAGGGCGCCGCCGCCAUUCAGACCUGGCUCAACCGUUGUGCCCGCCUCAUCGCCAAGUCGAUCCCGCCUCAGCGUAUCGAAGCCGCCCUUCAGCAGGAGAAGCCGGGGAAGAACAAGACCAAGAAGGCGCUCGCGCUCAGUCGUAUCCCGAAGGAGCAGAUGACGAGUGUCGUCUGGACGACUCCGCUCGGUCUUCCCGUCUGCCAGCCUUACCGUCGGCCCAAGAAGAAGCAGGUCCAGACCGCCCUCCAGACUGUGCACAUCUGGGACCCGUCCAUCCCCGCCGAGGUCGACCCGCGUGCGCAGGCGACGGCCUUCCCGCCCAACUUCAUCCAUUCGCUUGACGCCACCCACAUGAUGAUGACGGCGCUCGCUUGCAAGGGCAAGAUCGCGUUCGCCUCCGUUCACGACUCGUACUGGACGCAUGCCUGCGACGUCGACGAGAUGUCCACUAUCCUCCGCGACACCUUCAUCGACCUUCACUCGCAGGACAUUCUCGGACGGCUGCGCGACGAGUUCAUCCACCGCUACGCCGGCCACGUUGUCCCCGUCUCCAAGAUCCCGCCUGGUCUUCGCGCCGCUACCGCUGCCGAGGCCAUCGAGGAGGCCGAGGCACCGCCCAAGCAGGUCGAUUCGCAGGCUGCCUCGAAGCUGCUCGAGGAGCUCGAGCAGGAGGACGGCGUCGACGAGCUCACGCUCUUCAACCAGCCCAAGGUCGAGCGUGCCAAGCCUAAGAAGGCGACGAAGAAGGUGGCCGACGAGUCUGGCGAGGGCGCUGCCGACGCAGACGUUGUGGACAGCCGGGCGUCCCCGGACAUGGCCAUCGGCAAGCUCUUCGCCGCCUCCGUCGACUCGAAGAUCGUCUACCUCCGCGACGUCCUGCCGUACCCGCCUGGCAAGGGCGACUUUGACCUCGAGCGCGUCCGCGACUCGCCUUAUUUCUUCAACUAG